AUGGCGGAAAACAAAGGAGGCGGCGGCGGAGGGGACGCGGCCGCCGAGGCCGCGCCGGGCGGCGGCGGCGGCCUGGACCCGCCCUGCGCCUCCCCGUCCGCCGCCGCGCCGCCCGAGGAGCGCGACAGCCCCGGCGCGGCCGCGGCCGAGCGCGGCGCCGGCGAGGCCGAGGCAGAGGCGGCGGCGGGGCCCGGCGCGGCGGCGGGGCCCGGCCCCAGCCCGGUGCCGCCGCUGACGCCCGCGGCGCCGGGGCCGUUCUCGCUGCUCGACACGUGCGCCGUGUGCGCGCAGAGCCUGCAGAGCCGGCGGGAGGCAGAGCCCAAGCUGCUGCCCUGCCUGCACUCCUUCUGCCGCCGCUGCCUGCCCGAGCCCGAGCGCCAGCUCAGCGUGCCCGUGCCCGGCGGGGCCAACGGCGACGUGCAGCAAGUGGGGGUGAUCCGGUGCCCGAUCUGCCGCCAGGAGUGCCGGCAGAUAGACCUGGUGGACAACUACUUUGUGAAGGACACCUCGGAGACCCCGAGCAGCUCUGAUGAGAAAUCAGAGCAGGUGUGCACGAGCUGUGAGGACAACGCCAGUGCCGUUGGGUUCUGUGUGGAGUGUGGGGAAUGGCUGUGCAAGACCUGCAUAGAAGCUCACCAGCGAGUCAAGUUCACUAAAGAUCACAUGAUCAGGAAAAAAGAGGAUGUGUCUUCAGAGGCCGUGGGAGCAUCUGGUCAACGUCCUGUUUUCUGUCCUGUGCACAAACAAGAGCAGUUAAAGCUUUUCUGUGAAACCUGUGACAGGCUGACGUGCAGAGACUGUCAGUUACUGGAGCACAAAGAACACAGGUACCAGUUUCUGGAAGAAGCUUUUCAGAACCAGAAGGGUGCAAUUGAAAAUCUUUUGGCCAAACUUCUUGAGAAGAAGAAUUAUGUAAAUUUUGCAGCUGCCCAAGUUCAGAAUAGGAUAAAAGAAGUAAAUGAAACGAACAAACGAGUGGAACAGGAAAUCAAAGUGGCAAUAUUCACCCUCAUCAAUGAAAUCAAUAAAAAGGGAAAAUCUCUCUUACAGCACCUCGAGAAUGUAACAAAGGAGAGACAGAUGAAGUUAAUACAGCAGCAGAAUGACAUCACUGGUCUGUCCCGACAAGUGAAGCACGUGAUGAACUUCACGAACUGGGCGAUCGCGAGCGGCAGCAGCACCGCUCUGCUCUACAGCAAACGGCUGAUAACAUUCCAGUUACGGCACAUUUUGAAGGCCCGUUGUGAUCCCGUCCCAGCUGCCAACGGAGCAAUACGUUUCCAUUGUGACCCCACCUUCUGGGCCAAGAAUGUUGUCAAUUUAGGUAACCUUGUCAUUGAAAAUAAACCAGCCCCUAGUUACACUCCUAAUGUAGUGGUUGGGCAAACCCCUCCAGCAACAAACCACAUCAGUAAAGCUCCAGGACAGAUCAAUCUUGCACAGCUUCGACUCCAGCACAUGCAGCAGCAAGUUUAUGCCCAAAAACACCAGCAACUGCAGCAGAUGAGGAUGGCACAGCCAUCAUCUCCAUCCGUGCCCAGGCAGAGCAGCCAACAAGUCCUCCAGCAGCAGCCUCCCAGGUUGAUCAGCAUGCAGACCAUGCAGAGGGGUAACAUGAACUGUGGGGCUUUCCAAGCACAUCAGAUGAGAAUGGCUCAGAAUGCUGCUCGUAUACCAGGAAUCCCACGCCACAAUGGACCUCAAUACUCCAUGAUGCAACCUCACCUUCAAAGACAACACUCGAACCCUGGGCAUGCUGGGCCUUUUCCAGUGGUUUCUGUGCACAACACCACAAUAAACCCCACCAGCCCCACCACAGCAACCAUGGCCAGUGCAAACAGGGGGCCCACGAGUCCGUCCGUGUCGGCCAUCGAGCUCAUCCCCUCCGUGACAAACCCAGAGAACCUGCCUUCCCUGCCAGAUAUCCCACCCAUCCAGCUUGAAGAUGCUGGUUCAAAUAGUUUAGAUAACCUGCUAAGCAGAUACAUUACAGGCAGCCACCUUCCCCCACAGCCCACGAGUACCAUGAAUCCCUCCCCAGGACCUUCAGCUCUGUCUCCAGGGUCAUCAGGUUUAUCCAACUCCCACACUCCAGUGAGGCCACCCAGUACCUCCAGCACAGGGAGCAGAGGAAGCUGUGGCUCCUCGGGCAGAACUGCUGAGAAAACUGGUGUUAACUUCAAGGCUGACCAAGUGAAAGUAAAGCAAGAGCCAGGCACAGAGGAAGAGAUCUGCAGCUUCUCAGGAACAGUAAAACAGGAGAAAACAGAGGAUGGCAGGAGGAGUGCUUGCAUGCUCAGCAGCCCUGAGAGCAGCUUGACACCACCACUAUCCACCACCUUGCACCUGGAAAGCGAAUUAGAAGCGUUGGGGAGCCUGGAAAACCACGUGAAGACGGAACCAGCAGAUCUGAGCGAGAGCUGCAAGCAGUCAGGGCACGGGCUGGUGAACGGCAAGUCCCCCGUGCGCAGCCUCAUGCACCGCUCGGCCCGCGCCGGGGGAGAGGGGAACAACAAGGACGACGACCCCAACGAGGACUGGUGUGCUGUGUGCCAGAACGGGGGGGACCUGCUGUGCUGUGAGAAGUGCCCCAAGGUGUUCCACCUCACCUGUCACGUACCAACACUCCUCAGCUUCCCCAGUGGAGAGUGGAUUUGUACAUUCUGCAGAGAUCUGAGCAAACCUGAAGUAGAGUAUGAUUGUGACAAUUCACAGCACAGCAAGAAGGGGAAAACAGCACAAGGCCUGAGUCCUGUGGACCAAAGGAAAUGUGAACGUCUCCUGCUUUACCUGUAUUGCCACGAGCUGAGCAUUGAGUUUCAAGAGCCAGUCCCAGCCUCGGUGAGUCUCCUGGAAAACAGCUUGUGGUUUAUUUCUGAUAUAACAUCUCUGAAAAGUCUGGAGGAUGUGCAUUUCCAACAGGUGAAUAUUCCUGUCUUCUUUCAUCCACAGGCUGAUUCAGAAGUAGCACAGGCAGGGAAGGCAGUUGCAUUAUACUUUGAAGAUAAACUUUCAGAGAUCUACCCAGACAGGACCUUCCAGCCUUUGCCUGAAUUUGAGCAGGAAGAGGAUGAUGGUGAAAUAACUGAGGACUCCGAUGAAGAUUUUAUACAACCACGUAGAAAACGCCUAAAAUCAGAUGAGAGACCAGUGCAUAUAAAGUAAUCUAAUGAUAUGGACCUGAAAUUUAUUGUAAAAACUGUUAUUUAAGUGUUCCUGGAAUAUUAUCAUGCCUGCAGUGGCCAUCUUGAAGAAGCUGAUAGCUUUUUAAACAGUAUUAGAUUACAAAAAACACUUGUACAGAAAAACAUUCGCAUCAAAAGGGGAAAAAAACUGUAUUGUAAAUUUUUGGUGGUUUGUAUUUUUUUUUUUUCCCUUGAUCUUUUCUUUUCCUGAUGGAGGGGACACACUCAUCCUGGUCUCACAGAUAGAGGUGGAGGAAAUGUUGAAGAGAAGCAGAUUUGAUAAGAGAUGUUCCAUGUACAGCUGAGACUGUGUAGGAGAACGUUCUGCAGGACUGGACCAAUACAGUGACUGUAUCUUGCAUUACACUGCAGUGUAAACUGUGAGCAAAGUCCCUGAAAUCCCCUCUCUGUGUGAACUCAAGUGUGUGUUGGUCAUUGCUUUGGUCAUCUCAUUGCAGCAGAGCUGUGAAUAACUGGUCUUCUGUGUCGAUCAAUUACUGACAUUUUACUUUCUUUACUCCAUUUUAUGUGUAGCAAAAGGAAAAAGGAAAAUAUCAUUAAACUGUUCUGAGUUGGCAAGUGCAGGAACGUGAGUUUUUGGCAGGCAGAAGGAGCUAAGCUGGUGGCAACAAUCUCUUUCAGUAGGAUGAGGUGUAUUUAUUAAAAUCCUGUACCCAGAACAUUUUAAUGGAGUUCAUGGCAGAAGUCUCAGCGUUGUCAUCUGUCCCUGAUCCCCCUGAUGAGGCAGAAUGUUCUUUCCAGUAUUCAUUCUCUAGUUUCUGUACUUAAAAUAUAGACUGAAGAGGUAAUAACUGGUUGGGGUGUUUUUCCAGUCUUCCUAAAUAUCAGUUUCUAAUAGACCACUCGGCAAACAAUAACAUAUUAACUACCAAAUGUGUAAAAUUUCCUGUAUUCACUUUGUCUUAUUUGUAAAUAGUGAAUUGAGAUUUCUUGCAGAUCAGCAACAUUUGCUGAACUGUUUUUAAGCUAAUAUGUAUUCUUAUUGAUUGUUCCUAUCAAGAAAAGAUUUGUAAUAUAUGCUAUUUCUAACAUUGCAUUCAUUUUGAGGUUCUGUCUUAUUUUUCUUAGAGUUACUUCUCAGAUCUUUUCUUCAGAAGCAGCUUGUGAGCAAAAUGUCCAGAAGGAUUGGAAUCAGUCUGAGUUUGGGUUAUCUGUCCACCCACUUGCACAGACCAGGAUUUGGCUUUGAGUGGUUUCUGGUCAAACAGUGAAAACAGAACAAUUUCCCAAAUUCCCUCAGUGAGCCUUGAGGCACCUCUGCUGUGCCUUCCCCUUGGACACUGCCUUCAUCCCUGUGAAAUCAGGGUCAGCACAAGGAUUUAUAGUUUGAAUAGUUGUUUUCUUUCCUGACAGAAGUCAAUACUAGAAAUAAUGAAUGUCAUUUCUGGCCUUCACAUUGCUCUUGCUAAAGUAAGGUGAAGAAUUCAUGUGAUCAGAUGAGCUCGAGUUUGACAGACUCUAAAUUUGCCAUAAUUUGUGUGAAUACAACAAUUCUGUGGUAAAUCCCUGGGGGUUUGGUGUCCUCAGCAACUCCUGUGACAUUGUACACACUUUACCAGAAUGGUAAAGAGAAAUAUUUUAGCACAAUACCAAAUUUGAGAUGUGCUCUCAGCAGUCUUUACGCAAAGAACUGCAGAUCUGGUUGCUUUUCAUGAGAACCGAGUCUGUACAUUGGGACUCCCCCUCUCUCACAAAAAAAAAAAAUGAGUGGACUGAAGGUAUUUGUGACUUCAAGCUCACUUCUUCACUCAGAUGUUACAGUUAAACUGGUUGGGGUUUUUUCCAUUUCUCAGAUAUUAACAAUAGUGAUGGUUUAAAUUUAAUUUUUAGCAGUUUGUACGUGAAAAGAAGAGGAAAAAGGAAUUCCAUUUCAACAUCUUAAAUUGACAGAGAGCAAAAGCUUUGCCCAUAGAAAGGCUGACGUGUGUGAAUAGGACACUGGUAGUGACAAGGGAUCAUUUCAUGGCUCUGUGUAUUGCCUAUUUAUGCGUUUCUAGUUUCUCAGCUUCAUUUUGCAAAAGGAAUAUUAUUAAAAUCAUCAUGAAAAUAAGAUUUUUGUGAAUUCUCUUCAAUCGGGGGUCCCCGUUUUUACAGCACUUACACUCUUUGGGUUCUGGACCUCCAGGCCUCAGCUUUUGAACUGUUCCCUGGGCACCAGCCAUGGAUUGAAUCCUGCAGAGCCCCCCAGCCUGAGCCAGAGCGUGGGAUGGGCACGGUGGGAUCCCCUGGGAGCAGAGUGGGGAAGGAGGAGGCUCGUGCUCCCCGGCUGCUGCAGGAACAGGACCCUCUGCCUCCCACCCAGGCCCUCGAGCACACGUUCCAUGUUUUGGGACAGCCUCUCUUUUGGGGUGGCCUCUCCAGUCAUUCACUCCCUACAACAGCCAGGAAACUUGUCCAGCUCUAGAUCAGCAGCUUCUGCCCCCCAGGAGUAAAGCUGAGCUUGGCCUCACUGAGUCCGAGCUCUUCUGCACAGAUCCCACUGAACCCUCCAGAACUGGUCCUUCCAUCCAGGCCCCCAGUGUGGGGAUCCACAGAUGAUGUGGAAUUUUGAAUGUGUGCAAGAAAUCUCAAGUGUAUCUUUUAUUUAUAAAUCUUUUCCUUCCCCCCCCUUCACUUUGGAACUCCCAAAGCAACGAUUCAAUGAGGGUUUUGAAAGCAGCAAAGUUCUGUUUGAAAAUACUUGAAAGGGUAGAUAAGCUCUGCUAAUCCAUUUCCUGAUCCUGUAGGCUGGGUGUUCAUCACAGAACUGGGAAGGGUUUGCUCAGUGAAAGCAGUUUUUGGUGCCUCACUGUGUGUAACUUGUUCAGGAGCAAAUUAAGGGGUUUGUGUUAAUGAGUCACUGAUCCUCGGAGCGUCUUCCCUGUGCCAGGUGCUGUGUGUGCAAGGGGUGGGAGUGAUUUUACCUGGGGAUUUGGAGCACAACUUACAUCAGGAAAACUUGGAAAAGACAGUGCCAGGCCCUUGGUGUGAUCCCAGUGCUCCAACGGGGGGGCAGGAGGGGUCUGGCCCUUGGUUUAACUCUGCUCUCGUUUAAAACACUCGUAAAAAUUCAUGUCUCAAUUUCUGUUGUAAAUGACCCUGAGGUUUAAGUUAAUCCAAAGAAGUAAAAGGCAACUUGCUUUUGAAAUAGGAGUGAAAAGUGCACAGUGUGGGCUUCUCAGUUACCUCAGAGGUGUCCAUGUAAUUCCUGGUGAUUAGUGCUAAUUCCACCAGCUGAGUGGGUUCAGGGUUUUUAUUUAAAUAUGCCCUGAAUAAGUGGCCUGGGGUGUAAGAAGGCAGAGUUAUUAUCCAAAAAAAAGGAUGUUCCCCCUGAGUUCUGCAAACAGAAAUGCUCAAUUCAGUGGAGAGGCUGUUCCUCUGUGUGGGACGUCACCACUGCUGGUCCUUGUGGCACUUGACUGUCACACACUUUGUGCUGGCUCAGUGAAAUGUUUUAUAAACAUUUCUGCAAGGCACUGGAGCUCAAGUCCUUAAAAUGAGCCUAAAUUUCUCUUUCAUCACCUGGUUUGUUGGCUGACCUCGAAAGGUUUGGGUUGUGGCAGCAGUAUUUUGAAGCUCUGUGUAUGGUGUUGGCUUUUCCAGUUGGCUUUUCAUUGUUUUUCUUAAUCUCUUCCUUGGAAAAAAGCAAUAAAAGUGCUUUGUCUGCUGCCUGUCAGCGUGACAGGAAUCCUUUCCUUUGGGUAGUGAUUUUAUAGGGAAGUUUGUAUGCAUAUCACCAAGCCUAGCUUUUAAAAACAGAGUGUGCAGCAGUUAUUGACAGUAUAGUGUGGCAUUUUAUUUUAAAAAUCGGGGGAAGUUCCAUGGUUUUUUUUAAGAAGUAGGUGUUUGAGCAAAUAAUGGAGGUACUUCUUUAAAAUAAAAAUGUUUAUGCCACCGUUUGCAUAGACAUAUUUCAGAUGGAACAUACAGAUUGUAUCUUUGGGUAUGUGAUUUAUUUUAUCUUCUCAAAGUGUAGGUAAAGAAACUCUUCCAUCUACUUCCAGCUUGCUUGUGGGGAUCCUACUUUCUAUGCUUGCUAAUGUAUCAGGAUUGAAUUAUCUUUCCAAAAUCACAGUUAAUUUGGGAAUCUUUGUUAUAAGUGAACUGUAAAAUGUCUGAAAUGCAGUUUUGGCCCUUUCUGUCGAGUGAUCUCACAGCUUGAGGCUGCUGUCUUUAGGAUUUAUGGAAUUUAUGGAAUUUCUCCAAGGAGAGGUACUGAAAUACUUUGUAAGCUGGACUCGUUGCAGGAUUCAGUCUGGAGUGACCUCCCCUGACACCUCUGCUGGCCUGCAGAGGGGGGGAUUUUUAGGUUCAGAACACCAUGACACAUGUAUAUAAUCCUAUACAGAUUUGUGCAGUUCAAAGCUUGUUUUCCAUGUAAACGUACUCCUGGAAGGGUUAAAUUCAUGGCAUUCUUGGAUUCUUCAAUGCUUCCAGUAUUGGAACUGGUUCUUUUUUGCACAUAGUAGACUUGGCUCAUCUUUUGAUAUGAUUCUUCAAAAAACCAAGUGCUGUUUCUGUGAUAUUGUAUUAUCUGAAUCACCAUAUUUAACUUUUUUUUUAAAAAAGGUAUCGUUUCUAAUUGUUCUGUUCCUGUGGUUUUUGCUGGUGUGUAAUUACAAAAAUGAAAUUUUUCUUUCCCUGGUUAUUUAAUACUUUAGCUGCCUGUAAAUAUCUCUUGUUAAGUGCUCUGGAAUGUGCUGUAGAAGUUGUAUUAGCUCAGUUUAAAGCAUUGUUUGAGACCUAUUUUGGUUUGGUUAUUUCUAUUAAAUC